GGCUGGUCCACCUAGUGCUUUCUUCACAGACGCCUGCAUGAUAAUCCCAAUCUGUGGCCAUUAGUGCUCCGAGGGAGCGAGCGAGGAGAGAGUUCAGCGGAGAGAAAGAGAGAGUGAGGAGGGGGAGUGCCUGGACAGAGAUGCGCACACACACACACACACACACGACCAGAGAGAGAGAGUGGGAGCUUUUAAGGGAUUUGGCAGUGAUUUGUCAAAUCUCACUGUCGUAAUGUUGCAGCUUUUUCUCCACUUGCCGCAGCUACUGAAGUUUGGGAAGUGACUGGUUCUAUUCGUAUCGAGGCUCAACUGGCUGUUUUUCUCCAAUUGUUUUUAGUGUUCUGCUUAUUUUCUAGAGUGCAGCCUGAUUGAGAUGAUAGAGGAUUUGGUUUUGGUGAGGAGAGAAGAGCGUUGACUCCAGAUGUAAUCACAUAUUGGACGGUGGAGGAAGGCCAUGUGAUGGAUGAAGGCAAGACUGGUUGACGGAAGAAUGGGCAGGUGUCGCAGGUAGAGGGAGCGGCCUGGUGCUUUCACUGCCUCUGCUGGGCAUCAUCAUGACCUCAGGGUCCUGCGCAUCUGAUCACUUCGUCUGGUUGGUGACACUAUCUGGAUACAGGACAUGGCACGGACUGCUGUGGGUGCUACUGGUGGGUGUCGCUCCGGGCUUGAGGGCCCAGCAGGGCACCCAGCCUCAGUCCAUCAAAAUCGAGGGGGACAUAACCCUGGGAGGGCUCUUUCCCGUGCACUCGAGAGGGCCGGUGGGAGUGCCAUGUGGGGAGGUCAAGCGGGAGAAGGGGAUCCAUCGACUGGAGGCCAUGCUGUACGCCCUAGACCAGAUAAACAGUGACCCAGAGCUGCUGCCCAACAUCACUUUGGGAGCCCGGAUACUGGACACCUGCUCCAGAGACACCUACGCCCUGGAGCAGUCGCUGACCUUUGUCCAGGCUCUCAUUCAGAAGGACACUUCGGAUGUGCGCUGCUCGAAUGGAGAGCCACCAAUCAUCCCCAAACCAGAGAGGGUGGUUGGGGUGAUUGGAGCGUCCAGCAGUUCUGUGUCCAUCAUGGUGGCCAACGUGUUGAGAUUAUUCGCGAUCCCCCAGAUCAGCUAUGCCUCCACUGCCCCGGAGCUCAGCGACAACAGCCGCUACGAGUUCUUCUCCCGAGUGGUGCCGCCCGACUCCUACCAGGCCCAGGCCAUGGUGGACAUUGUCAAAGCAAUGGGCUGGAAUUAUGUGUCCACGUUGGCCUCCGAGGGAAACUAUGGCGAGAGCGGCGUCGACGCUUUCCUCCAGAUCUCCAGAGAAGCAGGAGGGUUGUGUAUUGCACAAUCUAUCAAGAUUCCCAGAGAACCACGGCCGGGGGAGUUUGAAAAGAUCAUCAAGAGGCUGAUGGAGACCUCGAACGCUCGCGGGGUCAUCAUCUUUGCCAGCGAGGACGACAUCAAACGAGUGCUGCAGGCUGCGAAAAAGGCCAACCUGACGGGUCACUUCCUGUUUGUUGGUUCUGACAGCUGGGGAGCCAAAAACUCUGCUAUCGAGGACUACGAAGAAGUGGCCGAGGGCGCCGUCACCAUUCUGCCCAAAAGAGCCUCCAUCGAUGGAUUUGAUGAGUAUUUCACCACAAGAUCUUUGGAAAACAACAGAAGAAACAUCUGGUUUGCCGAAUACUGGGAAGACGAUUUUAAGUGCAAGCUGACCCGCCCUGGAAUCAAGUAUGAUGUCGGCAGGAGAAAAUGUACAGGUGAAGAGCGGAUCAGUCGUGACUCUCAGUACGAACAGGAGGGGAAGGUGCAGUUUGUGAUCGACGCCGUCUACGCCAUGGCCCACGCGCUGCACAGCAUGCACCUCGACCUGUGCCCCGGCUACAUGGGGGUCUGUGAGAAGAUGGACCCGGUGGAAGGUCGCAUGCUCCUGCAGUACAUCCGCUCAGUCAACUUCAACGGCAGCGCCGGCACGGGAGUGAUGUUCAAUGAGAACGGAGACGCUCCUGGUCGGUACGACAUCUUCCAGUACCAGAUGUCUAACGUCAGCAGCCCCGGAUACAAGGUCAUUGGGCAAUGGACCAAUCACCUUCGACUCAAUUCCGAGGAGAUGCAGUGGUCGGGCGGGGACCGGAGCAUCCCAGAUUCAGUGUGCAGCUUCCCCUGUGAGCCGGGCGAGAGGAAGAAGAUGGUGAAAGGCGUCCCCUGCUGCUGGCACUGCGAGCUCUGCGACGGCUACCAGUACCUGCUGGACGAAUUCAGCUGUGACAUGUGCCCCUUCGACAUGAGGCCCUUAAAGAACCGAACCGGCUGCCGACCCACCCCGAUCAUCAAGCUGGAGUGGAGCUCCCCGUGGGCCAUCAUCCCCGUCUUCCUGGCCAUCCUGGGCAUCCUGGCCACCACAGGGGUCAUCGUCAUAUUCGUCCGCUUCAACGACACCCCCAUCGUCCGAGCGUCCGGCAGAGAGCUCAGCUACGUCUUGCUGACCGGCAUCUUCCUCAUCUACCUCAUCACCUUCCUGAUGAUCGCCGAGCCCAGCGUGGGGGUGUGUGCCUUCCGCAGGCUGCUCCUCGGCCUCGGCAUGUGCAUCAGCAACGCCGCCAUGCUGACGAAAACCAACAGGAUAUACAGGAUCUUUGAACAGGGCAAGAAGUCGGUCACGCCGCCGAAGUUCAUCAGCCCGACGUCCCAGCUCAUCAUCACCUUCAUUCUCAUCUCAGUGCAGGUGCUCGGCGUCUUCAUCUGGUUCGGGGUUAUCCCCCCUCACACCAUCAUCGAUUAUGAGGAACAGAAGCCCCCGAACCCGGAGUUUGCUCGAGGGGUUCUGAAGUGCGACAUGUCCGACCUGUCCCUCAUCUUGUGUCUGAGCUACAGUAUCGUGCUGAUGAUCACCUGCACGGUGUACGCCAUCAAGAGCCGGGGCGUCCCGGAGAACUUCAACGAGGCCAAGCCCAUCGGCUUCACCAUGUACACCACCUGCAUCAUCUGGCUGGCCUUCGUGCCCAUCUUCUUUGGGACAGCUCAGUCCACAGAGAAGAUGUUCAUCCAGACCACCACUCUGACCGUAUCCAUGAGCCUGAGUGCCACCGUGUCACUAGGAAUGCUCUACAUCCCGAAGGUCUACGUCAUCAUCUUCCACCCGGAGCAGAACGUCCAGAAGAGAAAGCGCAGCUUCAAGACCGUGGUGACGGCUGCCACCGUGUCCACUCGUCUGUCCCAGAAGUCCAACGACAAGCAGAACGGAGAGUCCAAGAUUGAACCGGACAGAUCCCAGUGAGCUCGCUGACACGGACCGUCAGCCGUGGCCAAUGAAUUUGUUCCGUGGAUCCGGAUCAUUCGGCUGCCUUCGGGAGGAUUCUGUUACUCGUGUUGGGCACGACGCACAAUGUGAAACAACGGAUUCUGACUUUUUGCUACACACCCUCUGAGAAUCCGAGGAUCCCUCCUUGUUGUUUUCUACUGACUUAUUUACAGACGAAGAGGCUGUAGAUAGAAAGCUAAAUGGUGGCGGGAAUCAAACUCCUCAUGCAGUUAAGUUGUAAAGACAAUCACAGUUCGCGAUGAGCCUGACUUCAUAAGGUGUCUCUUUCAAGCUAGAUUUAAUAAAGACACACAACACGUGGAAGAAAAACAGGCCGGAUACAUUCCCUAGCAGUGAUUUUAGGUUUGAAUUUAUUCCGUUUCGGUCUAAAGUCUGACCUUAUCGAGCACCUGAGGAUUAUUCAACAGUCAAAAAGCACAUUUAUUUCAGCUCAGUACUGAUGCAUAAAGGAGCUUCCAUGACCCAGUAUUGAAGGGUUGAUGAGGUUUCAUGAAACAGUGUCCCGGUUUUCCGAAGCCACCAGAUGGUUCUGGCGCUUGCACAAACUAAUUCAAUGAAACCUCACAUAAUUUCUAAACCAAGUGCGCCAUCUAGUGGCUUCUGAAGAUUAGGACAGUGGUUCAUCAACCCUGCAAUACUGUUUCAUGAUACCUCAUCCACUAUCACUAUAUAUUAGGGUCAGGACUAGGUGCAUCAAGGAGUCCAGAGACAUGAUCCAAAAAAUGGACAUGACUUGCAUGAACCCAGAGGACCAGGGAGGCAGUUCUGUGAAAUGGUAUUCAAUCUAAAGAGAGAGAGAGUCAGAGUGAAUGGUAAAAGGCGAUAGAUACAUCGAAGUCCAGGUCAAAUCAGGCACCUGUCAAAGUGUUGGAAAAGCUGCUGGUCUCAAACUGGCACACAGUCUGUGAGUCUGAGACACUAAAGACAUCAUCUGCACAUGUUGAGGCAGUGGGAGGAAACCAGAGUGCAUGGAGAAACCCACACAAGUCAGAGCCACACAGAGAGGACGGAGUAUGUUCUGAACUCAGAGUGGAUACGAACUGAUGCGGCAGUCUAAAGCAUCAUUUGAACCUGGUGCUCAUUCAGGAAUGUGAAGGUCAAUAGAGGUGAUGUGGAUGAGUUUAAUAUAAAGGAUAAAUUCAGCUCUUCCUCUGACACUUUAAGAGCCCAGACCAACUACGUUUCUGACCUAAGGAAAAAGACAGACAAACUUGGUUGAGACAGACCUGCAGCCUUUAGCUCCGAGGCCUCCCUCACAUGUGGUGAGGUUUACAACUUGACUGCAAUGAUGCUCCUGGGGCAUGAACUUUUGAGGCUCCCCAAAAAAAUCUCACUGCAUGGAUUGUGUUUUUGUGUGUACAUGAAUGUUGUAUUCAGAUUUUGUUUUGGAAAUUAGCCUCUUGAAAAGCAUUUCUGAUGCAAAUCGUUCCCGUUUUUUGAGAAUCGUUUGUCGACCACCAGACGACAAGAACACCAGCAGCUUUCUGGAGUUCAGAGGAUCAAACAUCACUGUGUGCCAUGAACUAAACCUUCCAUUGUACUUUUGCUACUCAACACUCAUGAACUUGUUCUCGCUCUGGAACCUGUCAAAACGCUGUUUGUACUGCCCCCUGCUGGUGGGCGCACCUCUGUGAAGGGAAAUGUUAGUCAACUCCACAAAAAUAAAACAAAAAUGGUUUAUUAUACAA